GUAUACAGACUCACCACAUUUAAUGAUCCUUUCCCACACCUCUACCUCUCCCCCUCUCACCGCCUCUCAUUAAUCCAAAAUUUGGCCUUUGGCUUCUGGCUUUCGGCUUGGCUCUUACAUAUAUCAUAUCCUCCCACCUACGUAAAAGCUACCAAGAUGUUGCUUAAUUAUUUGAGUGAGAGGGAGAGGAGCUCUUUUAACUUCCAAGAAUUGGUUAGGCCUUCACAUCGUACAAUUUACGAGAGCAGGCUUGGAGCUGCGUAGUAAUUGAAGAAGAGCCAACUUUGAAGCACGUCAUGCAUAUGGUAGGCGAGGCAGGCCCUUUUAGUCCUGCAUUCAAAGUUUACUUGUAUUAGAUUCUGUCUUCCAGUUUCUCGAUCAGUUCAACAUCCCUAUAUAUAUAUAUAUAUUACCACCUUUUUUCACCAUUCCAUCAGUACUCUCUGUGUAAGAGAGAGAGAGAGAGAGAGAGAGAGAGAGAGAGAGAGAGAGAGAGAAGCUAUGGUUUCCUUGCAACCAACCCUUCCUCCAAAUCGUAGAAAGGCAAUCCCAGAGUAUGAUCAGAACAUAUCAAAGAAGAGGAAGUUGGAAGGGAUACAAACCCCACAAAUAUUCGAGAAUCGAUCAAAAGGGGAAAGCACAAAGAUAUCCACGGAUGAUCAUAUCGAGCUACAGCUUGAGAGUACUCCUUUACCUUUGGAGUGGCAACGAUGCCUUGAUAUCCAGUCGGGUCAGAUUCAUUUUUACAAUACGAGGACCCAAAAGAGAACAUCCAGGGAUCCAAGGAGGAGUCCUGAGCCAGCGAUCCCCGAUGGCGAUGAUGAUGAUGAUCAUAUCAUGAGCUUAGACCUCAGGCUGAACCUACCGUGCGAGUCACUCAGAAAGAGCUGCCAAAAGGAAUCCAGCAGGCAAGAGAAAAACUUGGGAGGGUUUGAUCAGGCCGGGGAUAACCAAGAGAUGAUAGCGACUGUUUGCACGCGCUGUCACAUGUUCGUAAUGCUGUGCAAGUCAUCUCCUGCGUGCCCUAACUGCAAAUUCAUGCACCCACCGGACCAGGGCCCUCCAACCCUAUUCAAGAGAAGGUGUACCCUCUUCUGCUAGCUAGUAGAAAAAAAAAAACGUACCUAGCUAUAUGUUAAUUGCAUUUAAAUCUGUCCUUAAAAGCAAAGUAUCUUGCGCGCUAUAUAUGUACUGAUCAGCGCGAGCGCGCGAGAGAAAGGGAGAAACUUGCAUAAAUAGUGUAAAUAUACAAGAGCUAGCUUUUAUGAGUUUAAUAAUCCUGAUCAUGAAUUUGUAUAAUCAUGCACAUAUUGCUAGGCAUCUUGGCUGGUGGAUAUAUAUAUAUAUAUAUAUAGAGAGAGAGAGAGAGAGAGAGAGUUGAUUUGAGUUCUUCUUCUGGACUUCGAUGAUAAUAAGAAUCUAGUCAUCAAGAUCUGAAGAGCCCCAGAUUCCCAUACAAACGCAUAUAUAUAUAUAUGUUGCAAGGACCACCAUCAUGAGAAUCUGAGUACUAUACUUUUAUGGAUAAUUCACCUUUCCUAUAUGGACCUCAUCUUUGGUUAGAUUAUUAAAUUUAUACAUUCCCAAUAAAAAAUUAUUGGUACGUAA